AAUGUGCAAUCGGCUGCAGUCUCUGAACAAACAUUUGUCUUUCUUGUGUCUCUGUUGGUGCGGCUAUAAAUAUAAUUACCAAAUUUUUUCCGAUCCUUAUUAGAGCCGUCAAUUACUAAAAUACACUAAAUUAGACAUUAAAAAUAAUGUACAUUAUUUAAAAUAAUCAGAGUUGUAUUACUUGGAGUAAAUGAGGAUUUUGUUGAGUGUUAUUUUUUGUCCGUUGUUUGUGAUUACACAUGAAGAAGUGUUUGGAGGGCAUUAUGGGAUUCCUAAACAAGAGCACAAGCACCCUAUCGAGCCGCCCUGCGCAGUUUGUCCCAGAAAUGGCGUUUGUGUACCUAAAAUCCAAUGUCCCGCGCAUGUUCGUCCCGGAGCAUACAACCCUAGGUGUCAUUUAGACAAACAGCACAUUGGCAUUUGUUGUUUCACUGGAUACAGUCAUGCAGCCGAGUUUGAACUAAUACCCGAAAUCAGUAAGGACGACAUCAAAGCUGUUCACAACAUCUCCAAACAGAGACUUGAUAACUGGAUUAAGAGGGCAGAUCUAGCAAAAAUCAAUAUCGAUAAAAGCCAGGAAUAUAUCCAUCAUCACGUGGCCACAAACAAAGAGACAAAUGACUUGGGACACGGUGGGCUGAUGAAUGUCUUCGCUGCUCAGGAAUUGCGAACGCGUCUGGAUAUAACAGAGGAAGACCUUGCGUUGGCAUUCACAAGGAAUAUAGACGGUCCAUUCUGUCCACUGCCACCGACCUGUCCAGCUGUGCCAAGUAAAUACAGGAGAGUUGAUGGCAAUUGCAACAAUAAACAGCAGCCAAGUUGGGGAGCAGCACUGACUGGCUACGAGAGAAUACUGCCACCAGAUUAUAGAGAUGGUAUAUGGGCAUUUCGUCUGUCAAUCACCGGUUCACCAUUGCCCAGCGCUAGAGAUGUCAGCUCUAGUCUUCUAGUUGACAGAAGUCACCCCAGCCGGUCCCACAAUUUGUUGUUUAUGCAGUUCGGACAAUUUCUAGCUCAUGACGUGAGCGCUGGAGUACUUUUUUCUACAGCAAAUGGCAGCGCUCUGUCGUGCUGUUUAGCUGACGGUACCCACCUCCCAAUCGAACACCAACACUGGGCAUGCGAAGGUAUCGACGUGAGUCCCAAAGACACUUUCUAUGGACAAUUUAACAAGCGAUGUAUGAACUUUGUACGAACUCAACUUGCGCCGUCAGCCGAUUGCUCGGUUGGAUAUGCUAAGCAAAUGAAUGGUGCAACCCAUUACAUAGAUUUAUCUCCGCUGUAUGGAAGUUCAUUGAAGAAGCUACAAGAGUUGAGGGUUGCAGGGGGUCGUCUCAAAUCAUUCCACGAUUUCGGAAGAACAUUACCACCUCUCACUGAUAGAAAAGAGUGUCUAAUUGAAAAGCACGGUGCCGCUUGUUUUGAUUCAGGCGAUAACCGUGGCAAUCAAAUCAUUUCUCUAACGGCGAUGCAUACCUUAUUCCUUCGGGAACAUAAUAGAAUAGCUCGAGCCCUUUCUCUUAUAAACUCCGAAUGGGAUGAUGAGCGAAUCUUCAACGAAGCCAGAAGAAUAGUGCAAGCUGAAUUCCAGAAUAUUGUCUAUUACGAAUGGUUGCCGUUGCUCUUAGGCCCGAAAAUCAUGAGGUUAUUCAAAUUAUCGUCACCAAAGGGUUACUCCUCAGGAUAUAAUCCAAGUAUCAACCCUUCAACCACAGCAGAGUUUGCUGCAGCAGCCAUGAGAUUUGGACACUCUACUGUCGAUAAUAAUAUUAUGAUCCCUCAAUCCGGUGAUGUGGUAGAAACACUACCAAUAUCAGAAGUAAUGUACCAACCUUCCCGGAUGAGAUUUAAGCCUUUCUUGGAUAGAAUUCUGAUCGGGAUGUCCUGGCAGCCGAUGCAAAAUGUCGAUCCUUUAAUUAGCAGCUCACUCUCUAAAUACCUAUUCCAUGGUGGUCAUCCUCACGGUCUGGACCUGGCUGCCAUCAACAUACAACGGGGAAGAGACUACGGGCUGCGUUCCUACAAUGAUUACAGAAAAUUGAUUGGCUUGGAACCAAUUGAAUUUACUCAAUAUUCACUUAAUGUAGCAAAACGCUUGGCGAUAGUAUAUCAUUCACCACAAGACAUCGAUCUCUGGAUUGGUGGACUCCUGGAGAAGCCAAUUGAUGGAGGUUUGGUGGGGCCAACGUUUGCCCAAAUUUUAGCCGAUCAAUUUACAAGAUUUAAAAGGGGGGACCGGUAUUUUUUCGAUUACGGGCCAGAUGUUAAUCCUGGAGCCUUUACAAUCGGUCAAUUACUGGAAAUCAAGAAGGUCACAUUUGCAAGAAUUAUUUGUGACAACAGUGAUCAUAUUGAAUUAGAAAAUCAAGCACCUGAUGCUUUUUUGAGAGCAGAUUUGCCUGGAAAUGAGCCCAUACGUUGUGACAGUCCCCAGAUCCCAGCAAUAGACUUAAGAAUAUUUAAAGAUAUAUAAAUAUUUAGAACGUUAAGGAAAGGUAUAAUGAUAGUUUUUUUAAAGCAGAGUUCAACAAAUCAUUAAUUAUUCGAAAACAAUAAUCUGUGGGUACUUUACAAUUAUUUGAUUUUAUUUUAAAAGCGGUCUUUCGGAGAGAAUUUUAAAUUUUACCUUUUAAAAUAAGUUCAAUUGUUGUAGGGUUUUACAGGAGUUUCACUUAUCUUAAUUCAUUUGUAUUUUAUAGUAAUUUACGUUGCCAUUACGAAUUAAAUAAAAUUAACUUUCGUUCUAUUGAAUUCUGUUUUGAAAAUGUCCGAAAAAGUACCUGGUUAAGUGGUUUUUUCCGUAAAAAAUCCAGAAAUCGGGAGAGUAAAGACUGAUUAAUAUUAGCAAAAGCAGCAGUUUGAAAAUUACAGCACUUCAGCCAUCAAUCCAUAAUUUUUUUAGAAAUAUUCAGAAAACCUGUCAUCUGUCACUUCAAAUUUUAGGCUUAAUUCUUUUACGUUAGGCUUUCUUGUAUCAGAAUAAAUGGAAAAACAACAGGCGCAAAAUUUGUUUAUGAAGUAGAUCUGAGUUUUCUUUUCUUCGAUCAGAAUUGAAAAAGCUCCAGUGAUUUCUUCUAUUUCAAUAAGCUUACUUUUAGCCUGAGAAUUUCCUCCUAGACGGCGGAGCGGUGUUGCCAUAUUUUAUUUAUAUUUUACACUUGUCUCAUUAACACAUU